AUGGCGAGAAAGAAGGUGAAACUUGCUUUCAUCGUCAAUAACUCCUUGAGAAAAGCAACCUACAAAAAAAGGAAGAGGGGUUUGCUCAAAAAAGUGCAUGAGAUAUCUACUUUAUGUGGGAUUAAUGCUGGGGCUAUCAUUUACAGUCCCUACGAUCCUACUCCUGAGGUGUGGCCCUCCGUUGAGGGUAUGAACCAAGUGAUUGCUGCUUUCCGGAACUUGCCGGAAAUUGACCGCCACAAUAAUAUGGUCAAUCAACGGGAGUUUAUCCAACAGAGGAUAACCAAAGCCGAUAAGCUUAUGCGUAAGCAGAAGAAGGACAACAGGGAGGUUAAACUUACAGAAGACAUGUAUCGAUUUCUUCAGAUGGGACAGUUAACUAUUCCAGCCGGGGGUCAUAAUGAUCCUAGUCUAGUCAGGGAUCUUAACGAUCUAGGUUAUCUUGUUGACCAGUAUCGUAACAGUCUUAAUCGCAGGAUUCAGAUUUUAGAAGGAGGUUCAGAUGUAGAGAUCGGCGAAUCCUCCAAUGUUGUUGCGGCUACUGCUCCAGCCACUACUGUCCAUGGGUUGGGUUCUUCUUCCUCAUCUGCUGCUGCUGGUGCAUCUUUGUUUAAUCAGAUGUCCCUUUUUCCUCAGAAUCAGCAGCAGUUUCAUCAACCAUAUGCUCCAUAUGCUCUUAGAUUCUAUGAGCAAGCUCGUAACCAGAGCCAGUCUUUGGAGAUGAUGAACAUGGGUUAUGCUGCUAACCAAAUGGGGUUUCCAUUUAUGGGGAAUGCCCAUCACUACCAUCAGACUCACCAUCACCAGCCUCAGCAGCCGCGGUGGUUCCGUGGUGAAUCUUCCACUGCUCCGCAGCAGCUGCAGUUGUUCCCAGGUGAAUCCUCUGCUGUUCCUCCACCGGCCACCUCAGGCAGUGUCCCACCUGAUGCUACAACUCAAAACCCUACCAAUAAUAUUUGGUUCCGUUAA